AGAGCAGACACACACACUAUCACCACAAAUACAGCCACACAGAGAAGGAGUGCGAGUGCAAAUGCGUCCCGCUGACAAAGAUAGUAGAGGAAGGCACGAGCACCAGCAGAGGAAUCUUCCCCAUAAACAGCAGCAUCAGCAGCAGCAGCAGCAGCGGUGGUUCUUAACUGUUCACUCCUCACCUGGCUCACAGCUGAGAAAUGGGCUGCUCAUCCGGACAUCUGCCCUGUCAGCCUCCAGCCACUGCACAGCUGCCCACACUGGACCCUGACUCCAACCUGUCCCAUGAUGGAAGAGCACCCUCAAAUGCCUCAAAAACCCCAGAGAACCUCUCGACCCUGGAGCGACUGACACAGGCCACAGGAGGCACAGAAAAGUCCUGGUAUCGCUGUGUGUUUCCUUUCGGAGUCAUCUCCCUGGUGAUAGGCAUGGCAGGGACAGGUGUCACCUUUACCUUCAACACGUUGCUUCAAACCAAAGUCGUGUCCCUGGGGCUGCUCAUAGUUGGCUUUGUCUUGCUGCUGGUGGCAGCCGCCUGUUGGAGGGUCCACAGGGCGAAAAGGAAGGAGAAGAAAGAAGGAGUUUUCUUCAGUGCUGAGCAGGGCACACUAUGAGAUGCUCUUAUGCUUAUCUUGACUGACAGGAAGCAGACAGUUACGUCUUCUAACUUCAUUUUGAAAAAUGUUCUUCUUCUUGAUGAAAGGAUCCUGAUUUUCUUUGAACAUCAGAGGUUUUGUACUGGACAUCCAAAAUCAGCACUUAACAACUUGCUAUCCUGGAGGCUAUUGGAGCAGAAAAGGUCUAACUACACUGUGUAUAAACACAAACAGAACAGUUUGACUGAGUAAAAAAAAAAAGUUUGAAAGACCUUUCCUUAAAUCUAAAAGGGAAAAGACCUUCUUGCAAAGUAUUUCUGAGGACUCAUGCAGCAUGAAUGUAGUUAGCUCUAUGUGAAUAUACUGUAUUACUGGACGUGAUUCUGACACCAAGUCCCCUUACAGUGCUGCAAGUCUCAUUCAUACAUACUACUGUGGGCAAAUGUGCCAAGAAACAGCUUUGGAGAUGAUGGCAAAUUCCACUUGAAGAGGAGAUGUAUUUUGAAGGUGGUUCUUACAGAAAAAUAGAAAAGAUGACCUCUUUAUGAUACUGAGAGCUGACCAGAAUAUGGGUAGGAACCAGGAUGUCUAAGUCUAAGGUCAGUAGAUACGGUACAUCCUUGAGCAAGAAGAUUAAAUUAUUUCUCUAUUGAGUAGAGUAGGCUAUAAAGUUAAGAAUUAGAGAAGACACUGGUCCUUCCUUAAUACUUACUAAAAUAUGCCCUACAUGCCUCCUGAGAGGAAUAUUUUCUAACUGUGAGUGGUAAAGGUAUAUGUGUGAUGUUAGAUCCUAUUUUGCAAAGAUGUAUUUUUUGGUGGUGUUGUGGAAAAGUAAAACGCCUAUGUGCAUGAGUGUCCUCUCAUGUGCUUGCAUGUGUUUUUUGCACAGUGUUUGUAAAAGCGCCGAGUGAUUUCAGUAGGUUCCCACUUUGCUUUAAGAUUGACGGCAGAAAGUGCUUAAUCAUAAAAACCAUUAGCAGGCCUUUCUUUACUCCUGAACUUGGAGACCUCUAAAGAACUGGCGAGAACAGUCCUGUGAUUUGGAGUGUGUUACUCUCACAUGUGAAGUUAGUCAUGCUGUUGUGCUAUUGAAUACUGAAUUAUUUUACUUUCUGUAAACAAAUGAAUGUAUUACCAGCUUGAUAGAUUAUUGAAUAUAUUGUGAUAAAGAGGUGUGUUAUGAUAUAAAAGAAAAUGAACUGAAGAAGAAUGAACACAAGUCUCAUCUCUAGUUCUGUAAACACUGUAACCUUAUUGUUAUUUUUUGUUUUGUUUUUCUUUUUGAAAAAAAAAACCCAUAUUUUUUGUAUCUCUGUGAACAGAAUGGCAGACUAUUUUGUAUUUGGUGUCUUCUUUCAGUGCCUGUCUUUUUACAUUGAAUAUUUUUUCAGCACUUUUUACUGGUUGCUCUAGAGUUGCGGCAUCAAUAGGAUUAUUCAGUGCUCUUUUAUAACAGCUCAUCGAUCUCAUAUCUAUUAAUAGUGUUACCCUAGAAAUGAUGAGAGUAGUGACGGAGACACCUGAGCUCCACAGAAAUUGCCUGGGCUUGACGUAAGAGACAAGGAAGACCGAACAAACAAUGUUUCUACCAUGUUCCCUCGGCUGUAUAAUGACACUGUAGUGCCUGUCUAUGUCGUUACAUCUGCAGCUGUUGAGAUAUGCUGAGAGAAAAAUGGAGAGGGCUAGGAAGCAAGAAUGAAAGAAGGAGGGAGGGGGAGUUUCCAUGAGAAUUCAUUGAUAAAAAAGCAGCCGGAAAUAGUCCUACGUGCUUGGAAUAUAAAUCAGCUCAAAGCUAAGCAUCAGUCCUGCGUUAUGUGACAUGAUGCAUUAUGCCUUACACAUAUACAUGCUCUUUAUGGUGCACAAUUAUCAUAACCCUCACACUGCAUUACCUAAACCUUGCAUUUAAUAGCUUACAGUAUGUACGGUAUGAAAUUCGCUGAAACAUCUUGCUUAUUUGCACUUUAAAUCAAAAAAACCUGGAGGCAGUUCUAGUCUAGAAUGUGAUUUGCAAGCCACAAAUUCCACACAUUUCCACACAUUUCCACACACAACAUGUGUUUUAUCUGCAAAAAUAUCAGGUGGCUGGUUGCUGUCUCUGGCACAUGCUGAGGGAUAAAUGUAGUGUAUGUAGCUUUUUGGCCCAGACUAUUAAGCAGAAGCUUCCUGAUUUGAAAUGUGUGUGUACUUUUAUUUUUACACUGUCGUAUGU